GCACGUGGCGGGCGAUGGCGGCACCCGGAGGGGCCACGGAGACCCCGACUUCGACCCCUUUCCCGGCUCUGUCCCGGGCCCGCGACCUGAGCGGCGACGGAGGGGUGCGCAAGGCGGAGCUGCGCCCCGGCAGCGGGCGGGCCGUCCCGCCGGGCGCCUCCGUGGCAGUGAAGUACUCCGGGUACUUUGAACACAAGGAGGAGCCCUUCUGCACAAACUGCCACAGGAGGUUUCCUGGGCUGAUGAAACUUGGGAAAGACAUCACGCUGCAGGGGCUGGAAAUUGGCUUGCUGACGAUGAAGAAGGGGGAGGUGGCAAAGUUUGUCUUUGCACCCGACUAUGCCUAUGGGCAGCGGGGCUGUCCUCCUCUCAUCCCCCCCAGCGCCACAGUCAUGUUUGAAGUGGAGCUGCUCGACUUCCUCGACACUGCUGAAUCGGACAUGUUCUUUGAGUUGACUGCUGAGCAGCAGGAUGCAUAUCCGCUACAAAAGGUCCUGAAAGUGGCAGACACAGAGAGAAAGUUUGGCAACUACCUCUACCGUAAGCGGCUGUUCCAGGUUGCCAAGGACAGAUACAAAAGGGCAUUUUCCAUCCUUGGUCGCACCCCUUCCAGUGAGGUGGAGCAACGUCAGAUUGAUGCUUCCAAGUUGCUGGUGCUCCUGAAUCUCUCGCUGACUUACUUGAAACUGGAACGUCCUGCCCAAGCUUUGGCAUAUGGCGAGAAGGCCUUGGACAUCAACCAGAGCAAUGCGAAAGCACUGUUCAGGUGUGGCCAGCUGCUACAAGGACUACAUGGAGAAGGAGAAAGAAAUGUGUUGCCGGAUGUUUGCCUCUCUCAACUCUUCUUCUGGCUAAUCAGAAAUAAAGGCCCUUCUCUGGGAUGUCAAAGCCUUCCAUGCUGCCUUCAUGAAGCUGAUGACUUGAUUGCCUCUCUUGAGGAGCACUCUUCUCACCAAGGGUUAUCUCAGUGCGGUGCUGCGGGGACCUGCGGCUUCAAAGCCCAGAGGACCUUGCUGGCUGAUGACAAGAGCGGUUCUUGGAGAGGAAGGAGACCUGGCUCUGGGCACAUGGAGAUCUCACCUCUGGUUUGGGAAAAGAGGCACUGUCUUGUUUUGAUGUGUGGAGUGGAGGUUCUGUGUUUGUACAUAACUUGAUUUUCCUGAGUUUGGUUUGUUUGCCAUGCUCCGAGGCUGUUUCCAGAAGAACCAGGUCCUGCUGUAGGAGGGAGGAAGGCGUUCCCUCUCUUUGAAGAAAACUUCUU